CCUUAAUCCACCAAUACACUUUCUACCCUAACUGGCAUCUACUAUCUACUACUAUCUACCACUGAUCCCAACCCAUAACCAUAACCAUAACCACCGCACCAUAGUAUAGCACACUGCCCAAAAUCCUGCACAAUUCGAACAAAGAAACAUGUACUCACCCCAAGAAGGGAAAAAGCAAUCCUGCAACAUUCCCAAACCAGGCAUGUCGCACAAUAACGACCAAGACAAGCAAGCAAGAAAGAUAAAAAGAAGAAACAAAGAAAGAAAUGACUCCACUCGGCCCGACCCAUCAGUCAUUCAGGCCAACCUGGCAGCUGUCAGUCAGAUCACACACUACACUAUCACGAUCAUGAUCACAGCGAAACUUCUCUUUGUCUGGUGCUGGUGGUUGUUGAGUAUCCACUUCUAUCCUCGCCCUAAAGUCUACUACUGCUUUAGUAGUAUCUAUCUGCAAGUCGCAUAGUUCAGACACACACACACACACACACACAUACGCAACAUACGGAACAA